AUGAUACAAAAUCGCUCGAUAUUGUAUGAAUUCUUACGUUUACAAAAAAAGUCACACAACCCAUCAUAUAUACUACUUACUGGCAGAACUUCUACUGGUAGAGUUUAUACUGGCAGAACUUCUACUGGCAGAACUUCUACUGGUAGAGUUUAUACUGGCAGAACUUCUACUGUUUCCCUCAAAAUUGAAUACUUUAGCAGAACUUCUACUGGUAGAGUUUAUACUGGCAGAACUUCUACUGGUAGAGUUUAUACUGGUAGAGUUUAUACUGGCAGAACUUCUACUGGCAGAGUUUAUACUGGCAGAACUUCUACUAGUAAAGUUUCUACUGGUAGAACUUCUACUGGCAGAAUUUCUACUGGUUAUAUAUGGUGUCAAUUUUUUAAAAAAUUUUGA